AUGGCUCUAGAGGACAGGAGCGUGGCCUCUUUCAAUGAAAAUUUUAAAGUUUCGGACAAUGUCGCGGUUAUUGUGCCCGAGACAGGUGUUCAGGUCACCUAUCGAGACCUUUCCCAUAUGACUGGUCAUUUCCAGACCAUGUUUCGUUCCCCUGACUCUCCAUUGUAUGAAGUAAUUGGUAGGCAAUCCGCUGUGGCGAUAUCCAUGCCCAAUGGCCUUGAAUUUAUAACAGCAUUCUUGGGCGCAACAACUGAUUCUAAAAUCGGCGCACCCCUGAACUCCAAUUAUAGAGCCGAGGAAUUCAAUUUUUACCUCAACGACUUGAAGGCGAAAGCUAUUUGUGUUCCCGAGGGUACUGUGAAGCAGGGCUCGAAAGCCGAGAUUCUAAAGUCUGCAACGAAAUUCGGCUGUUUUGUUGUUGAGCUGUAUUUCAACAAAGAUAGGUUCAGGGUCGAGUACGAUAUUUACUCCCCAAACGAUAGCUACAAGCAAAAGGUCUACUCUUCCACGGACAAGGCAGUUUUUGUCAACCUAGAUAAAAAGUUCCCGGGAUUUGCGAGGUCUUCGGAUGUUGCAUUAGUUUUGCACACCAGUGGAACAACGUCUGCCCCUAAGACCGUACCUCUUCUGCAUCUGAAUAUUGUGAGAAGCAUGCGCAAUAUCGCUGCCACAUACAAAUUAACAUCUCAAGAUCGCUCGUACGUUGUCAUGCCGUUAUUUCAUGUACACGGUUUAAUAGGUGUUCUAUUGUCGUCAUUCUGGGCACAAGGUUCGAUCGUGGUGCCUGCAAAAUUUAGUGCCAAAAAUUUCUGGUCAGAUUUUGUUAAUUGGGGCUGCAAUUGGUUUAGUUGCGUGCCCACAAUCAGCAUGAUCAUGCUUAACACGCCAAAGCCACCAGUUCUACCCAAGAUUAGAUUUAUAAGAUCUUGUUCCUCGGCCUUGGCACCUUCUACAUUUCAGAAGCUCGAGAAAGAGUUUCAAGCACCCGUUUUAGAAGCAUACGCCAUGACCGAGGCUUCCCACCAAAUGACUUCUAACAAUUUGCCUCCUGGCAAAAGGAAGCCGGGUACAGUUGGACAACCUCAGGGCGUCGAGGUAUUCAUUCUGGAUGACAAAGACAAUGUCCUACCCAGGGGAUCCCAAGGCGAGGUGUCCAUCAGGGGCGAAAACGUUACACUGGGAUAUGCACAUAAUGACAAAGCUAACCGUGAAAACUUCACGAAACGAGAGAACUAUUUUCGCACAGGAGAUCAAGGAUAUUUUGACUCUGAGGGAUUCUUGGUGCUAACAGGCAGAUUGAAGGAAUUAAUUAACCGCGGCGGUGAAAAGAUAUCUCCAAUCGAGUUAGACGGUGUUAUGCUGUCACAUCCAAAGGUUGAUGAAGCUGUCGCAUUCGGUGUAGCGGACGAUAAAUACGGGCAAGUGGUGAACGCAGCAGUGGUUGUGAAGCCUGGCCAGAAGCUUGACUACAAAGAGCUUUCGGACUACAUGCGCAAGACUUUGGCGUCGUUCAAAAUCCCUACACGCAUUUUCUUUGUUGAUAAGUUGCCCAAGACCGCUACAGGGAAGAUCCAACGCAGAAUCAUAGCUGAGGUUUUCGCGGGGAAGAGCAAGCUGUAA